AUGGACGAGCAAGUCUCAACCUUCAUGGCCUUCACCUCGGGCACUACCGAGCAGGCCCAGCGCUUUCUCCAACUCACAGACGGCAAUGUCGAGCAAGCGGUAGAGCUCUUCUUCAGCAAUCCAGAUCUCGGUGCUUCGGGCGCCGCACCAGCAGCACAACCUCCCCCAGCGCCCUCAAACCGCGGCGCGCCCAUCACUAUCGAUGAUGAUGAUGACGAGAUCGCGGACUUUGACGACGAUGAUGUGGAAGAGACGGGGAGCAGACCGGUCCAGCAGAGCAGCGCAACAAUGGAGGACGACGAGGCCAUGGCUCGGCAGUUACAGGAAGAGAUGUACGGUGGCGCUGGCGGCAGUAGAGUGCCGGGAGCAUACGACGAGGAUGGCGUGCGUCCACCCAUGGCUAGGACUACGGAGACACUGGUCGGACCUGGCAGCUCAGACUGGCGCUCGGAUCCAGGUCAGAUGCACGCUGCGAUAGCAGAGCAGAUGUUCAACCGCCAGCAUCGUGGUGGCCGUGGAGCACACCCUGGAAUCUUCAACCAGCGUGACGAGCGAUCGAUCUGGAAUGAUGAAGAUCCUAACAACCCAGAGGCGCAUAGGCAGGCGCUCUCGCGAGCUACAGGCGGCGCUUCAGACCAGUCGGCCAAGGCUAACCACCUUGCUGACCUGUUCCGCCCGCCAUACGAGCUCAUCAACAACAUGCCAUGGGAUGCAGCACGAGACUUGGGCAAGGAGGACGAGAAGUGGAUCCUGGUCAACGUGCAGGACCCUUCCAUCUUCGACUGCCAAGUCCUGAACCGCGACAUAUGGAAGAACGAAUCCAUCCGUGAUACCAUCAAGGAGCAUUUCAUCUUCAUGCAGUUCCAGAAGAAUGAUGCGCGAGGUCAGGAGUACGUCAAUUACUACAUGGGUGCUGUGCGUGACUUGGAUGAUGCGUACCCUCACAUCGCCAUCGUCGACCCACGAACAGGAGAACAGGUAAAGGUCUGGUCUGGUUCGCCUGCACCAAAGCCGGCCGACUUCCUGAUGGAUCUACACGAGUUUCUGGACCGCUAUAGCCUGAAGAUGGAGAAGAAGAACCCAGUUCAGAAACAGCGCAAAGAGUCUAAGAAGGACGUUGCGCAGAUGAGUGAGGAGGAAAUGCUGGAGAUGGCGAUGCAGAACAGCCUUGCCAAUGGCUCCUCCGCUGGUUUGAAGGACCAAGACCCAGACGCUCUCACCAAAUCGAUCGAGAACCUUGGUGGCAAGGGCAAGGCACCUGUUGGAGCGGAGUCCGCCAUGGACGUUGACGAGACAGCCGCGAACGGCAGCGCACCAAAGGAUACGCCAUUCUCUCGCAUCUCCGCAACCAACCCACACGAGGAACCAGCUUCGACUGCACCAACCGAGACGACACGCAUCCAGUUCCGAUAUUCUGGCGGCCGUGUCGUCCGUCGCUUCCUUCUCACGGACCCUGUGCGUCGGAUCUACGAGUGGCUGAAGGCUGCGCCAUUUGAGGACAAGGAGGGAGCUUCGUUUGAGCUCAUCUCCAUGGGUAAGAAUUUGAUCGAGAUGCUGGAUGCUACGGUCGAGGAGGCAGGGCUGAAGAUGGGCACUGUGAUGGUGGAGUUUAUUGAGGAUUAG